AUGGGUCUCAGUCUUGGAAAAACUAUGGAUGAUAAUCUAAAGAAGCAGCAAGAAUUUACGCUGAAGGCACAGCAGCUACAGCUGGAGCGACAGCUGGCCAUGCAGAAUGAGAUGAGAGAGAGGCAAAUGGCAGUCAUGAUUGCAAGAUCCAGGGAUCUGUUCUGGUACUGGAUUGCCUUUGAUGCUUUAACCAGUACUGGUCUUGUGUUGGGAGCACUUCGACGGCACAGAUUUGGUCUGUUGUUACCACUCAUACCUCUUAAUUUUGUGGCAGCUUAUCAAUGGGAUAUGGCUUAUGGGCCUAAACUGGAAAGAAUUAGAGAAAUGGCCGAUCGUAUUAUUGAUGAAGAGCACCAUCUGCUGGACCUGCCUCAUGGGCUCCCGACAUUUUCCUCUAUAGAAGCUGCCAGAUUGGACAGCAAGAAGUAUGAACCCUUCAAGUCUGGGCAUGACAUAUUUCUAUAA